AUGCCUGAUCGCUCCCCAGCCAUGACCUCGUCAACUAAUAGUCCCAUCUCCAAACCCAGACGCCAGUCCUUCUUGGACUUAGGAGGUCCCAAUUCCAUAAACAACUUCGCCUCCUCAUACACCCGUGCGCAGUCUUUUGUGGGGUCCACUCUCGCUGAUAACGUUUUGGCAGAUGAAAUCUCGCCUUGCACUCUGAAUGCCCAGGACGAGGAGUCUGCCAUUGCAAACAUCGAUGAAGUCCUGGAUAGUCCCAAUGCUGGCCGAAAGGGACUGCUGAAUAGCCACCGAGGUUUUGAGAACCUUGAUACGUUCCACUUUCCUCAAGAUGAGAACACCCCACUUAUCCAUAGCCGUAAGAACAGCAGGUCCAGCAUUGGUUCCUCGGUGGGGUUCCACAACAACUCCACGGCUCCACAGACCAUCUUCAACGCAGUUAAUACCCUUAUGGGAAUUGCUAUGCUUUCCCUUUCCUAUGGAUUUCGCUUGAGUGGCUGGGUGGUAGGAACCAUCCUCCUCUUGGUAUGUGCGUGGACAACAUCCAAGACAGCAAAGAUUCUUGGGUCUAUCUUGAAGAAAAACAAGGAGUUAGUCACUUACGGUGACAUUGCUUAUUCCUUCGGAGGCUCAAAAUUCCAGGUAUUGGCCACCUGCAUCUUUAUGGUGGAUCUUCUUGGUGCUGCUGUAUUGUUGGUUCUUCUCUUCAGCGAUUCCUUCACACUUAUAUUCCCUGACGUGAGUGCUGGAUAUUUCAAGGUUUUGGUUGUCGCAGUUACAUUUAUCUUGUCAUUCUUGCCUUUGGCAAUGAUCUCGCUAGUCAGUCUCACUGGAAUCAUCAGUACUAUUGCUAUUUUGGUGCUCAUCACUUUAUGUGGAUUCUUGACUAAAGAGACUCCAGGUUCGCUCUUGAGCCCGGCGCCUACUAACUUAUGGCCCAAUUCGCUCCGGGAAGUAAUUUUGAGUUUGGGUAUCUUCAUGGCACCAUGGGGUGGUCAUCCCGUGUUUCCUGAACUCUACCGAGACAUGAGACAUCCAAAGAAGUUCGAUUACUGUUGCAACGUUACAUUUUUGUUCACAUUUAAGUUCGACUACAUCAUCGCUAUUGUUGGCUAUUUGAUGUUUGGCCAGAACUGUGCGGAUACUUUGACCAAGAAUAUCAUGACGAACAAAUCAUACCCAUCGUGGGUCAAACCCUUCUUUUCCAUCUUUUUGGGCAUUCUUCCAAUCUCCAAGUUGGCCUUGGUGACUCGUCCAAUCGUUUCUGUCUACGAGAGCUACUUCCGCAUGAAUGAACACUCUGUUGUCACUUAUAAGAACGGAAGAAAAGUGAUUCCAAUGACAACCACCAAAUUUAUUUCCAGGCUAGUCUUUCUUUUGUUCCUCCUUUUGGUGUCCUUUGUUUUCACGUCGUUCGGCAAGGUCAUUGCCUUUUUGGGCAGUGCUAUCUGCUUCACCAUUUGCGUUACUUUACCUCUCAUGUUCCACUUGAAGUUGAACGCAGACAUUCUCACCCCGCUUCUGAGAGGCCUUACAAUUGCCGGUAUUGCUUUGGGUUUAUCUGGUGCAAUUGCCGGAACUUAUGCUUCCUUCGUGUUCGAAGUGUAA